GCAUGCCGAGACGAACUGAGUCGGGAUACCCUCGUCAAGACAAAGUCAGGCCACUUAUCCCUCGCCCGAGAAGCCUGGAGAGUAAGGAAAAGAAAUGGCACAGAGCGGGGGUCCUGCUGCGGAGGGCAGUGAAGCGCCAAAGAGGACAGUGAAUGGUUCACAGAACAUGUCUACGUCAGGCAAUUGCAAUGGAGGACUCGGCGAUACGAAGAUCACAGCGCCCUGCGCAGAGUUUCGUGGGCUGUAUGUUUUGGAAAUGGUAGAUGAGGAGCCUGGUUCUGACAGGAGUCUGUCAGCGAGCAGUGCAGGUGAGCCAACCUGGAAGCGCCAGGUGGUGGCGACAGCGUCUUUGCGAAACAGUAAUGGGCGGAGAUGGGUUGAGGUCAAGACUGCAGAAGACAAGGGCUUCGAAAACAGCCCCAAGAUGAAAUCACUCCUCUUUGGAGCGGCGAUCGAGAGAAGGGGUGGUGACUCUGCCUCCUCCUCCUCCUCCUCCUCCUCUGUUAAUGGUGGGGGCAGUGAUUUCGAAGCCCAGUCUGUCUGUCGAUUUUGGAAGACGGGCCAGCGCCUUCUGACGUGUGCAGUUGAGACUCAUCCACAUCCAGAUGUGGAUUAUGGUAUGAAGAGAUCAUUGGUCAGCUGCGCGCGGACGUUUGCAAUUCGAUUUGCCUCCGAGGAAGAGUGCAAUGCGUUUUUGUUGGCGGCGACAGAGUACUCUCCGAGCAAGAAUCGGGAGAGGGGAAGAAACGUGUCUACCUCAUCUAGUGGUAGCCCGAAGAAAGGGCAUUCGCGGGGUGCCAAUAAGGGGGGGGGUCAUCGCGGCGGCGACGACGACGAGAGUGUGAGCGGCAGCAAAUUCAGCAGAAAGAUAGAGAGAGCGUCAGCGCAAAUGUACUUCCACUACUACGGACAGCUCUUGCAUCAGCAGAACAUGCUUCAGGAUUACGUGCGGACCGGCACGUAUUACGCUGCUGUGAUGGAGAACAAGGCAGAUUUUGCAGGCAAGGUGGUCGUGGAUGUCGGCGCGGGCACAGGUAUUCUGUCUCUCUUUGCCGCUCAGGCAGGCGCCCGACACGUCUAUGCGGUCGAGGCGUCCUCCAUGGCCGACCAUGCACGCAAGCUGAUCGCAGGCAAUCCCCACAUUGCGAAGCAGGUAACCGUCAUCCAGGGCAAAGUGGAGGAGGUGGAUUUGCCGGAGAAAGCCGACAUCCUCAUUUCUGAGCCCAUGGGGACUCUGCUUGUGAACGAGAGAAUGCUGGAGUCGUACGUGAUUGCGCGCGAUCGGUUCUUGAAGCCGGGAGGGCAGAUGUUUCCUGCAAAGGGCCGGAUUCAUAUGGCGCCUUUUUCGGAUGAAGGGCUUUACGUUGAGGUAGCGAGCAAGGCAUUAUUCUGGCAGCAACAGGCAUACUACGGGGUGGAUUUGACUGCGCUGCAUGGGGCGGCAUUCGCGGGCUAUUUUUCACAGCCUGUGAUUGACGCAUUCGAUCCGAGAAUCCUUGUGGCUCCACCUGUUAUCCACGAGAUUGACUUCACGAAGAUCAAAGAAGAAGAACUUUACGCCUUGGACGUGCCGCUCUCGUUUUCUGUUAGUGUCGCUUCGCGCGUGCAUGGACUCGCUUGCUGGUUUGAUGUGUUGUUUGAUGGCAGCACGACACAAAGAUGGUUGUCGACGGGACCCGGGCACCCAACGACCCAUUGGUAUCAGGUGCGCCUGGUUCUGAGCCAGCCUCUCUAUCUUCUGGCAGGCCAGACGAUCACUGGCAAGCUGAACAUGGCAGCGCAUGCUUUCCAGAGCUAUCACAUGAACCUCACUAUGCAAGCAAGCACCUGGAACUACGGGGUACCUGGGAUCGCCCGUCCCAUCGGCAUGCCCGGCAUCCAGGUCUCAUCAGGGAAGAUGGACUUGAAAGAGCCGUACUACAGGUUAUCGCAGAUGUCAAGUUAUGGGUGGACUCAGGAUCAGCCGCAGCAGCAGCAGCAGCAACAGCAGCAGCAACCACAACAGCAGCAACCACAGCAGCAGCAGCAGCAGCAGCAGCAGCAGCAGCAGCAGCAGCAGCAGCAGCAGCAACAACAACAGCAAGGGUUGGGCACGUGGAUGGUCCAGGUGACUGGUUCGCCGACGGCGGCAGGAGCGCAGGUGAGCUCGCACUUGCAGAAUGGCCCAGUGGGAUAUGGCAUGCAAAUGCCACAUUCGCAGAAACUCGAUGGCGAACAAGACAUGUCCCUGCAGCGGAUCCUUCAAGAUCAGACUGGUCAGUAUAUCCAGCAGCAGCAGCAAGGAGGAGGAGGAGGAGGUGGAGGAGGAGGAGGGGUUAUUGGGAGUGGCAGUGGGUGUGUGAUGGGGCAAUCGCCCUUGCCACAGCACCAACAGCAGUAUCAGUACGUUCAAUACGGGCAAGCGACGGGCCAGUAUGGUGCUGUUCAACAGCAGUCUGAUCACUGGGGAGGAAACUACAGCACAACCUCCAUGUUUGGGAAAUUCUGAAAUGGUCAUUAUGUUGCUACUACCCCUAUUACCCCAUUUACAAGCAAGUAAGAAGACAGCAGAUGCCUGCAAGUGCACACAGAAGGCCAGGAGAGGGGACGCGAGGGGAGGGGAGGGGAGGGGAGGGGAACGGGAGCAACGGCUUGUCUGUGCGCACGCCCUGGUGAUAACAUGCACGAUGAGUAGCUAGGGAGUUUUGUCCGAAGUGGGCUUGUUUGUUGGAUCGGAUCUCUCUCUCUCUCUCUCUCUCUCUCUCUCUCUCUCUCUCUCUCUCUCUCUCUCUCUCUCUCUCUCUCUCUCUCUUGCUGGUUCCUUGUUGUAUGGUAGGUUGGUUGCUUUGUCGCCCUGUCGCGAGGAAGAAGAAGAUGCAUGGAAAAAUGUGACCUUGCCAAGGAUGGUGUAUAUCUGGGGCAUACUGUGUCUUCUUGACGGUGUAUGGGACUCCUCUAUCCCCGGCAGAAGUUUUGCAGCUGUUGCACUCAAUCGGAGUGUAUUGUGGUACGGCGCAGCACAUCACUGCGUGCAUCCUUCAAGUGCAGUGCAGGUCAGGUGAGUGCAUCCGCCGAAGGCAACCAAAGGUCAGGUGGCCGGCAAGACACUAACCCCACUCUCAUGUCAAUGGGGGCGCGACAUGCACUGUGUCAGGCGCGCGGGGAGUUUACGGCAUCUCAUGUCCAUGUGCGCUAAAGGUUAUUGGUGCUGUUCAGUCCCCGUUUGCUGGUCAGGCAAGGCAGGGGCAGAGGGCAGGGGCAGGGGCAGGGGCAGGAGUACGGACAUGCGCAGGGUGAUGGAGUAGGAGGGUGGGGUGGGGCAUUGUGGGGGGGGGGGAAGGGGAAUAUGUGAGAAGAUGUGAUGUGACCAGAAGCGUCGUAUUCGUAGUUAUGUCGGGGUGUGGGUGGUUUUGCAAGUAUGAAAGUGCAUGCAUCAACUAUGUGACAGGGAUCUCCAUUCGUUUGCUUGCAUCUGUCUGUCUCAUCGGCGGACAGGAUAAGGCUGUUCACCAAAUUUAUCGUUGGUGCGAUGCACCUACCUGCCGCGACAGGCCGUCCUCUCUCUCCUCGUUCAGGGGAAGCACACCCCUUUUGCUUUGGGCUUUCUCGACGCCAGCUAUAUAUUCUUUCCAGGCACACCCCGCUUGCUUUGGGCAUGACUUUUUCUGCUUUGAGCACACCCCUUUUGCUUUGGGCAUGCAUCUUUUUGCUUUGAGCACACCCCUUCUGCUUUGGGCAUGCCUCGUUUUGCUUUGAGCACACCCCUUUCUUUGGGCAUGCCUCUUUUGCUUUGAGCACACCCCUUUUGCUGUGGGCAUGCCUCUUUUUGCGCUGAGCACGCCUCUUUUUGCAGGAUGUUUAUAAGAGGCAGCAUGCCCCUUUCUUGAGCUUUUUCUCCGCUAAGGUCUAACUAGAUUCUUUCAAUGUAUACUUGUUGAAGUGCAGCCAUCGCCUAGCAUUAUGCUUUGCUUUUCUUCCUUCCUUAUAGCUACAGCCUUAUUGAAGUGCAGUCCUAAUUACCUUUUAUAUCUCAUAUAUCAUCAUACCUCUGCUAGCUCUGACAAACAUCCUUGUGAUCAGGAGGCGUGCUGUUUUCCACGUGAUACUUUUUGGCUUGACGAUCCGGUCCUCUUAUAGCUCAUAUUAUAGCUCUGCUAGCUCUAACAACCACCCUGGUUAUCAGGCGGCCCACUGUUUUCUAUGUGGUUGGCCCAUUUUUUCUUCUUCUUUUUCUGGGAGGUAGUAGCUGUUUACGAUCUCGGUACAUCCCCUGGGGAGUAUGGAGAGUGCCAAUUUCUGCCGACUGCAUGCGCGCUAAUCGGUGAAUUGCGAAGGCGAGUGAACGAUUGGCAGAAAGCUAAGCCAGGUUCAGUGGUGACCAGAGGCUUUGUGACAUGGUGAUCAGGAUGGACAGAGAGUCGAAUGAAGGAAAUGGUGCGCUGGCCGGGUGUCGUACUCGAGUAUCCAGUUACAAGGAAAUUUGAGCCUCGCUUGUCCUUGUCUUAUUUUGCAUGCCUUGUUUACAGUGAGGGGGGGCGGGGGGGGGGUCCUUGAAAUCGCUCUGGAUCAGUGAGCGAUGCAUGGUGAAUCACCCUUGAUCUGGAUCGCUAGGAACAUGUGUGAAGCCUCGGUGCAAGGGGGGAUGCACAUAAGUAACUGCGCACAUGGUCCUUCUAGUGGCCAGGUACAGGACGCAGUGACGGUAGGCAUCGACUGCUGCUUGGGCUGGGAGCUGCUGAGGGAGUGCAGAUGUGGAAGGUUGUGGAUCUCUGGCUUGUCGGCGACGAGCUCAACUCCGGUGGAUUCGCUGAGGGCUUACUCACACUAGGACCUAUUUUGCUCCUCUUCCAGUCAGAUGCACGCAGGAGAGUCUGCCAUUUCGAUCAGGUACAGCAAGGGAAGUGCUGGUAUCUGGACUCGCGGAGCGUCUAGGAGUGACUUGCUGAGAGUGAGAGAAUGGACAGAUAGCUAAUUGCAUGUCAAGUUUGCGGCUCGAGUCUAUUGUUACUACGUGCCUGUUGAGUUGGGGCUCGAAGCGUAGGUGCCAGAGUCCCAUGUUCGGGGUUUACGGUUCCAAAAUAGAUUAGAGGCUGAAGCCCUCUCCAUCUCCCAAGCAUGUUAGAGCUUUCUCAUCGAGCUUGCCUGGCCUGAGCGCCUGCUGUGCGCAGCCUGCCUGAAACACAGAGACCUGGGCAUCGAUGGCACUUGGCACCCAAGCGGAAUGUCUGCCCGUCUCCUGACGCAUUUGCAUAACUGGUCCCUCGUCUCUCUCUGCAUGUGUUUGGUCUGUGGCUGUUGUGUCCCUGUAGCUGUCCUCACGAUGGGCGGCACUGACGGUGUGUGUCCCUGGCUGGUCCUCUGGCAGAUGGUGAUAAUGGGCCCAAAGUAGGACCGGCCGUUGUGUGUCCCUAGCUGUUCCGCCGACUGACAGUGGCAGCGGUCCCGAGUGGGAUUGGGUGCUGUAUUCCCAGCUGAUCUGCUGACAGAGAGUGCCAACGGGCCUAAAGUGGGAACGGAACACACGUUGACGCUUGCUGAGCCACUGUUAUCUCCCUGGUACUGAACAAUGCCGACAGGCCCAAAGUGGGACUGGAACGGGCCCGCUUUUCCCAACCGGGCACCAAGAGGCGGUGGGUGUUUGCUAUGAGCUAGAAGACUUUGGGUGAAUGCGGCCAUCGAGUCGUCUGUCGCGUCGGAUUUAUCUCCAUGCAUGGGCUGACCCAUUCCUUUAGACGAAUUCUUUCUUUUCCUAUUUGAUGGGGUGCAGCAAAGUGCGACCCACGGUUUUUCUUCUCCCUCCCUUCCUUUCAGACUUUUUGUCGCAGCAAGGGUAUUUCGGGGGUUUGAGCAGCCAGACCUCCAGUUUUGCUUGGGCGAUUGUCACCUUCUGCCGAAAAGGUGAAAUAGUAUUAAGGCAAUCUGGACAGGAGGUAUUGGUUAUAGCAUAGAGUCCAGAGCAGCAACAUUUCGUACAUGAAGAAGAUAGAAUCUGUGGCCAGCCAGCCACUUUCUAAUCAAGGCUGUUUCUGCUCCGCCCUCUACCUCUCAUCUGCCGCCCGCUUCCCUUGUGACAAACCCUUAGUCUGCAUUCGUCUGAUAUCUUUCGUGCUUGUAAGCGUGCUAGCUUAGCAGGAAUCCUCAGUCUCGAGGCAAAGGUCAAGAGGCUGUCACGCACUACAGGGGAUGCGUCCGAGAUCGCUCGAUGUCUUACACGAUCAAUGGUCAGGUGGGGACCAUCUCGUAGUGGACCAGCUUAGGAGUAUUACAAUCGUGUGUGGAGGAUUAGCGCGUGGUCCCCGCCCAAAGAUGACACAGGCGUGGUGGAAAGCGGGAGGUCCCUGUGCAACGAUGGAACACAGAAAGCGAGUGCGUCAGGAACGCUGUACAAUCAGGCGGCUGCGAAGUGCAAGCGGCCCUGAAGCGGAUGGUAGCAGGGGAGGCAUUGGGACAAUGCAGGCGAUGUGCGGCGUGUCUGUGCGAUGCACCGGGACGACAGCACUGCUACCAUCUUCACCUGAAUAGAACGUUUCCUGGUCAGUACAGCAUUGUUAUCUGGACUGAAAGGGUGCACCAAAUACAUCUUUAAUGACCGGGCGUUUUAUUCCGGUGAAGACGGUAGUGUAGGCAUCAUGGCAAUUCGGUCGAUGUGCACAGUGUCGGUGGGGUUAUGACGAGAAAGCACUAACGCUUGCAAUUGUUGGAACCGGAGUAUAAGAUUGUUAUAAUCAGGGCAUACUGGCAGUAGGACCUUUUUACUUGAAUCUGGAGGGAGUUGUGGCCAGAUGCAUCCAGGUCUGGCCAUAAAUGCGGUGGUCAGGUACAUUUACGAAUAGUGCUUAGUGUGACUACGCCCUCAGAUGCUUGGAUGGAUAACGAGGCGUGAGUUGCAGUAUGGCAAUGUGACAUGCUGCCACAGAGAGAGGAGAGACCAGGUUCUUUGCACGUGUGCUGUUGGCGAAAGCAAUUUGAAGGUGUCUUCACAAACGUAGAUCAGAGCAUGAAUUUGUCCACACCCGGAGGCUGGAUGCAGCACACGCCAGACUCGGGCAGACUGCCUAGAAUACCUAGGAGGAGGUAUUUUCUGGUGCUGUGCUUAGUGGUGAUAGUGCACACGCGUGUGCCGUGGGAUGAUCCAGCUAAACUCCAGAGGAGGAGGAGGAGGAGGAGGAGGAGGAGGAGGAGGUGAAAGGCAAUUCAAGGGCGAGACUCUGCUGCUGCACCAGAUACUGUUGGGUGCGACCUAUAUGUGCUCCAGUUGCAGGAUAGCUGACAACUCAGUCCCGCCGGACUCCAGAGGGAUAGCGAAAAACCACCUCUCUAAGCCCUCAUCUCUUUCUAUCUCUGUCUUUUCUAGCCGCAUCUCUAUUUCUCUUUUCAGUCUUUUCACUACCUCCCUUUUCCUUUCUCCAUCUCCGCAUGGGUGUCGAGGAUGUGCAGAAGUGAUUGAGUGUGAAGAACUAAAUCCCUGGGAGUAAAGUGGACACUCGAAC